AUGAUCAAUUAUAAUAACAGCCAGAAGAAUGCUGGCUACAUAAAGAUUCAGCAAAAGGAUUCUUUUGAAGAAGAGGGAAUAUUCAGUUUUGACUCUUCACCGGCACAGUCGCCACAAACAACCAAAACUCAUAAAAAUUAUAGUAAUCUUAAUAACAGUUAUAGUAACAGCCGAAAAAAGCGGCCACCUCUUGUUCCUUGCACUUUUACCUCCCAGGAAUCUUGCAUUCUAAUAGAACAAGAAGAAGAAACAACAACCCGAGAUUACUUUUACGCAACACACCAGUUAAUGGGUUCCUUAAACGAGAAUGGAGACGCGUUGUAUAGCGUUUCGGCGCCAGAAAGAAGUGCUACAGUUGAAAGAGGAAAAAGAAAAUAUUUAGAUGAAUAUCAUUUCAUACCGCUUUUUAAGCCUAUUAUUACUUCACUCAAGGAUUGGCAGCCCACUUUGAUGACCCUUACAUCCGAUCACAGACCCCCAAUUAGCACAGAACAGUUUCUAGCGAUCGUCGAAUCUGUGAAAAUUGCAAUUGAAUCUGGAAAUCUUCCUCAACGUAUUAGUCAAGGUUCCUCGGGAUCUUAUUUUUGUCGCAACAAAGAAGGAAAAAAGGUCGGUGUUUUUAAGCCAAAAAAUGAAGAGCCAUAUGGGCAUUUAAAUCCUAAAUGGACAAAAUGGAUUCAUCGCAAUUUAUUUCCUUGUUUCUUUGGAAGAAGUUGUUUAAUUCCAAAUCUUGGAUAUAUAUCGGAGGCAGGAGCAUCUUUGCUCGAUCAGCGUCUACAAUUAAAUAUAGUUCCACCCACUAAAGUGACACAUCUAUCAUCGCCAAGUUUUCAUUACGACUAUUUGGAUCGUCAUGCUGCGCAAUCAAAAAAAAAUCCAAAACCAUUGCCUGAAAAAAUUGGAAGUUUUCAAGUAUUUCUUGAAGGAUUCAAAGAUGCCAAUGAUUUUUUAAGGGACCAUCCAUGGCCAGACAAUAAUAGUCAAAGUACCCUGCUUAUGAGAACAGCGAGCCAAGAAAUUGAGGACGGACAAGAGCGGCAACAACAGCAUAGGCGUUUAAAUACGCUGAUAUGUUUAAGUAAUAACGGGUUAGAUAAUGGCGAUGAAUCGGAAGAAUCUUAUCCACUGGGAAGGCGUUUUGUUUGGACCGAAGAUUUACAGUUACAAUUUAGGGAGCAAUUUGAAAAAUUGGUUAUUUUGGAUUAUUUAAUGAGAAAUACUGAUCGUGGAUUAGAUAAUUGGAUGAUUAAAUAUUGCGAGCAAUCCGAGAGCGCCAAUGUCGCAAACUCACCUCCUAAACCCGUGAAUAUGAUGUCAACGAAAAAAUCGAUGGAUUCAGAUAGUGAAAAUCCGCCUUUGAAUACAUCUAGUUGUGAUGUCAUUGACAAUAUAGCAUCCACAAAUGCAGACAAUGAACCCUUAAAUUCGGCAAAAAUUCCGUCGUCGUCAUGUAAUCAAGAGUCACUUUCUAUCCCAUAUCCUCAUGUUCAUGUGGCAGCCAUUGACAACGGUUUAGCCUUUCCAUUCAAGCAUCCCGAUUCAUGGCGAUCUUAUCCUUAUGGAUGGACAUAUCUACCGACAAGUCUGAUUCGUAAACCUUUUACUCAAAAAACAAGAGAUCAUUUCCUUCCUCUUCUCAGUAGUCCUCAAUGGUGGAAAGAAACGGUCAACGAACUACGAGUAUUAUUUUCAAUGGAUGCUGAUUUUGACGAAGGAAUGUUCCAGAAACAAAUCUCGGUUCUUAAAGGCCAGGGAUGGAAUAUAAUCGAAACAUUAACACAAAAAGAUCAAGACGAUAAUAAUCCUGCUGGAAUUCCUACUAAUGAUGCGAUUGGGGGAGAACCUGUUUCGGAGCUAUUUCCACCACCACCAAAAAUACGACGAAGUAUGUCAGAAGAUAGUGGUUCUAUACAAAGGCCUUCGGCUGCUGCUAGCGCUGCUGGAAAGUCUUCGUUAACUACUGCAUCGCAAAAAUGGGCAGCGAAACUUAAAAGCAAGUUAAAUUUUGAUUCAAAACAGGGUGAUAGUGAAAGGAGAAAGAAAAAAAUUAUUUAUGAGCGAUUAGAACCUGUUAAAGGGGCGGUCCCUCUUUUCAGUUGCUGCUAA